AUGGCCUUUAGAUUCGCCGCCACGAGGUCAAUCCUCUUGCGGGCGGCUCAAUGCCCGCGCGCCGCUCUGCUGCCAACGACGACGAGCCCGUUCCUCACAAAAGCCGCCGCCACCGCCCACCCCUUCUCGACGACGCCGGCCGCGCAGGCCAAGACGGUCAAGGCGCACCGGCUGCCCGCCGAGCUCAUCCCGCCAUACCCCUACGGCGAGCGGCGCGUCUACAAGCAGUCGAACCGGGGCCUGUACGGCUCCGCGCGCAUCCGCUACGGCAACAUCGUCGCCGGCCGCGGCAAUAAGACGCGGCGCACCUGGCGCCCCAACGUGCACGUCAAGGCCUUUUACCUGCCCGCCCUCGGCGCCCGCAUCAAGACGCGCCUGACCCUGCGCGUCCUCAAGACCAUCCGCCGCGAGGGCGGCCUGGAGGGCUACCUGCUUAAGAACAAGCCGGCGCGCCUGCGCGAGCUCGGCCCCGGCGGGUGGAACAUGCGCUGGCUGCUGAUGCAGAGCCAAGCGGUGCAGCGCCGGUUCAACGAGGAGCGCGUGGCCCUGGGCAUGGAGCCGAGGGAGGUGGAGGACAGGGACGACCUGAUCCGCUUCGCGCUGGAUUAUGCGACGCCGGGAAACCUGAGCGCGCGCAGCCAGGAGACGCUCGAGGAGCUGCGGGCGGCGUUCCAUAGCGGUGGUGGCGCGUUCGUGCUCGGCCCGGAGGAGCUGGGCGAGGUGGAGGGCGUGGAGGAGCUGACGGACGAGGAGGAGGCGAGGCUGCUGCAGCAGCUGGACGAGGCGGACGCGGCUGAGGCGGCUGCACAGCAGGAGACGCAGGCGCAGCAGAAGCAGCCGCAAGUGUGA